GGGGGAUGAAGGAGUUGUAUGUUGAUGGUGCUGUUAUGUUCGUGUGUCUCCAGAGAACUUUAUUCGUGUGUCUCAAGUAAAGCUUCUCCUUAACAAAGCUGUGGCAGUCUAUCUGGUGUCUUCUUAUCGCUGCUACUGGGCUACUUAUACUUUCUACAACUUUCUACAACUAGCUCACAAAGAAAAAAAAUGUUCAACAGUUUCUACCAUUUGUAACUUACAAAUACAAAGCCGAUUUACCUUAGGAAUGCCCUGGAAACGACCUGUUAAAAGUGUGGAAGGUAAACAAUUGAAUCUCGCUCUGGAAAAUAAAAACCUAUAAUGUGGAAAAGUUAACUCUUCUAGAUAUGACGCAUGGAGUGGAAAACGAAAACUUAGGCCAAAGUGGGAAGGAGAACAGGACGUACAUGCCUUAGACAAUCAGUAACAUCAUGGAACCAAGCAAAUGUACAUGUCUCAAGGUGUAUGGAUAUUUAAGAAGACUGUGCUCCUGGCUGAGUAACUUUGUAGCUUUUUAAACCAGAACAUGCAUGGAAAUUAUGGUGACCAGCUAACAAUGAAGGAAAUGAUGAACCCUUUUUCUAUCUGAACCUUAUUUUUAUAACAAGAGGUUUUUGUGAUCGCAGAGACGGUGACAAUCAAUACCAAUCAAUCAAGUGUUCAAGCCAUGGAAGACAACUCAAGUUUUUGGGAUAGUUUGAUAUAUGCACACCCAAUCUGUGUAACCUGGAAGUCAGAAGCAGAAGGAUCAAUCUAUCAUUUAGCUAGCAUUUUGUUUGUUGUUGGCUACAUGGGCGGAAGUGGGUUUUUUGGCCUGCUCUACGUCUUCUUUUUGCUUGGUCUAGGUUUUCUCUGCUCAUCUGUCUGGUCAUGGCUGGAUGUCUGUGCAGCUGAUAUUUUCUCCUGGAAUUUUAUACUGUUUGUGAUAUGCUUCAUACAGUUUGUUUAUGUAACCUACCAAGUUCGGAGUGUUGCCUUUGACAAAGAAUUCCAGGAGCUUUACCUUGCACUGUUCCAGCCACUGGGGAUUUCAUUGACAGUUUUUAGAAAGAUCAUCCUGUGCUGCGAUGAAGAAGUAGUUACACUUGAGAAGGAGCACUGUUAUGCCAUGCAAAGCAAAACACCAAUUGAUAAGCUCUCCUUGCUUCUGUCAGGAAGAAUCAGAGUGACAGUGGAUGGGGAAUUUCUGCAUUAUAUUUUUCCCCUUCAGUUUCUGGAUUCACCCGAAUGGGAUUCACUAAGACCCACAGAAGAAGGCAUCUUUCAGGUAACCCUCGCAGCAGAAACAGACUGUCGAUAUGUGUCCUGGAGGAGAAAAAAAUUAUAUUUACUCUUUGCUAAACACCGAUUCAUCUCGCGAAUAUUUUCAGUUCUAAUUGGAAAUGACAUUGCUGAUAAGCUCUAUGCUUUGAACGACAGAGUGAACCUGGGGAAAGGAUUUCGAUACGACAUCCGCUUACCAAACUUCUAUCACAUGUCAGUUCCAGAUACACCCAAAAGACAACCUGUAGACCAGAUUCAGAACAGUUCAAGACAACAUUAACUAAUGUUAUAAAUUGUAACUCUGUUAUAAAAUGACAGAUUUUUGUCUUCAUUGCACCUGGAAUGAAAUAUUGAAAGAUACUGUGGUGUUUCCAUAAAAAUCAAACUGCAGAUUCUCAUAAAGGCAAUUUUAAAAUAAAA